GCGCACUGUAUUCGCGGUGCCGAACUGCGGCUAUGGAGCAGACACCUCCGGACCCCGAGAGGCCAUUGCAGCCUGCACCCCUGGAGCCGCUGGGGGGCCCUGGCGCUGUGCUGGAAGCCGCAGUCGGCGAGGAGACCCAGGGCACCCGGGAAGACAGCUCAGGGGUCGAAACGAUGACGGGAAAUAAUUUUUGGUUGAAGAAAAUAGAAAUCAGUGUUUCUGAAGCAGAAAAGAGAACUGGAAGAAACGCCAUGAACAUGCAAGAAACGUACACUGCUUACCUCAUUGAGACACGGUCAGUUGGACAUGCUGACGGUCAGAGCGUCCUCACAGACUCACUGUGGAGGCGCUACAGCGAGUUUGAGCUGUUGAGAAACUACCUUCUAGUGUACUACCCGCAUAUUGUUGUGCCACCUCUUCCUGAAAAGCGGGCAGAGUUCGUGUGGCACAAACUCUCUGCUGACAACAUGGAUCCAGACUUUGUGGAGAGACGACGGAUAGGCUUAGAAAACUUUCUCUUGAGGGUUGCUUCACAUCCUGUCCUUUGUAGAGACAAAAUCUUCUAUUUGUUUUUAACACAGGAAGGUAACUGGAAGGAGACUGUGAAUGAGACUGGAUUUCAGCUGAAGGCAGACUCCAGGUUAAAAGCGCUUAAUGCAACAUUCAGAGUGAAAAACCCAGACAAGAGGUUUACUGAACUGAAGCACUACAGUGACGAGCUGCAGUCCGUCAUCUCCCAUCUCCUUCGCGUCAGAGCUAGAGUAGCAGAUCGACUCUAUGGUGUGUAUAAAGUACAUGGGAAUUAUGGAAGAGUUUUUAGUGAGUGGAGUGCCAUCGAAAAAGAAAUGGGUGAUGGGCUGCAGAGUGCCGGGCACCACAUGGACGUGUACGCAUCCUCUAUUGAUGAUAUUCUGGAAGAUGAGGAGCACUAUGCGGACCAGCUGAAGGAGUAUCUCUUCUACGCAGAAGCGCUGCGGGCUGUGUGCCGGAAGCAUGAGCUUAUGCAGUAUGACUUGGAGACGGCUGCUCAGGACCUGGCUUCCAAGAAGCAGCAGUGCGAGGAGCUGGCCACUGGGACUGUGAGAACAUUCUCAUUGAAGGGAAUGACCACCAAACUCUUUGGUCAAGAAGCUCCAGAGCAGAGAGAAGCCAGAGUGAAGGUGCUAGAGGAGCAGAUUGGUGAAGGGGAGCAGCAGCUAAAGUCCAAAAACCUGGAAAGCAGAGAAUUUGUGAAGAAUGCAUGGGCUGAUAUCGAGCGCUUCAAAGAGCAGAAGAACCGGGACCUAAAGGAAGCCCUCAUCAGCUAUGCCGUCAUGCAGAUUAGCAUGUGCAAAAAGCACUUCGGAGGCAGAAGCAGGCAAGUCUCUGUGAGUUUGAAGCCAGUCUGGUCUGUAUGGGAAUUCAAGUUUGGACCAAUGCUAAGGAGUGCUUUAGCAAGAUGUAAUCCAGGAAAGUGACUUUCUCUCCAAUCAAAGUGCCCCAAAAUGAAGCACAAGUAAAAAGAAAUUCAGUUGCUACCUAAUACACAUAAAAGCAUACAGUAAAUUGAACAAAUCAGCUUUCUUUAACUUAAGUAUUUGUGUUCAUAUAGCACAAAGGGAUACAUUUUAAUGAAGAAUAAUUUGAGGUUUUGGGGACUGGUGCUGAUUCCAAAAGUUAAUUUAGUAAGAUAUACCAACAGAUUAUUCAUCAGGCUUCUGAACCAAUGACUGAGUGUUAGGGUGUUAGUUAAUUCCCACGUGCUCCUCUCAGUGCCAGCUGUUCCAGAUCUCCUCAAGUCGGAGUCUUUCCAAGAUGACAUUCCUGUCUUUACUUGGUGGGACCCACUUCUGCUGUCGGGUUAUUUUAUCUGCCUUAUAGUUGAGCUGUUUAGUUUGACAAAGCUCAGCAGAAACUUAUUGUGAAAUCUGAGGUUUCCUUCCCUGUUCGUAGAUCCCUGUACCAUCUGCGUACACUAGAAAAAAUGCCUUCAGUCUGUGUUUCACCAAAAUUUUGAUACUGGUGAGAAAUUUUAUACUGCCAACAAAGAAGUCUCGGCUUCUCAGAUAUGCAGUGGAGUAAAUACACUAUUAUGAUCUAGCAAUCACUCUAUAGAAAGUUUUAAUUGAACAUUAUUAUCCUCAAAUAAUGGUUAACCUCAGCAACGAGCCUCCAUUCUUCAGCUUGGCUCUGUGCACAUGGCAUUUCAGGGUACGAGAUGUAGCGUUUCCAUGUGUAAGACACAGUGAACACGUGUGGGCUGGUACCUUCAUCAUUAAUGUGCUUUUCUAUUGCCUGGCUGUGGUUUUUGUAAAGAUAAAUUAUGUUGUUGUGUUUUUAAUGUGUAUGUCAUGGUACAUGUUCAGAAGCCAAGCACUCUCUCUGCCAGCUUGCAGAAUAUUAACUGUGCACUCAUUAUUUCUAAUGUUUUAAAACUAUACUCAGUACUGUUUAACAUUUGACUUUUUUACAUGUUUAAAAUGUUGCUGGAUUUUUGUGCUGUUUGCCAAACUUAUACAAUAAAUAAAGAAAAUGUGUGUUUAUUUCCAAAAGA